GUUCUUAAGCAGUGCAGUGGAGAACAAGUCAAGACGCCAUGCACCACAGACCAUAUUGGGCUGGUGGGUUUCCUUUGACAGGUCGAAAAUCAGCAUGAUUGGAAAGUUUUUAAGUAUUUCGAGUCAUGGCGGCGGCAUGAUGCCUUCAGCCCUUCUGGGAUUAACUGCGUGAAACAGCAGCUUGAGCCGAGUGAGAAGUAGCGACGCUAAUUCAGUAGUGAACCCUCGACAUGAGCGGGCGAGUGGAGGAGCUUGACGCUGGCACUAAGGUUGGCGGUGCCACUGCCGCUGCCGCUGGCUGGAGUGCCGAGCAGAAUGGAAUAGGCGUCGUUGAUGGUCACGUUCCUCUGCGGGUUACAGAGAAGGACCGUUUGGUUCACUUCCUUAACAAGUUUUCCAACGAGGAGCAGAGGGAAUGGAUCAAGAUGCGGGUAUGGGAGGCGGCUGCAAUGAUGCUGGGGUUCAUUGUGCUGAACCUGAAGGCGAUGGUGCUGCUCGGCCUGGACCUGUUCCGCCUGCUGGUGCCGCCAGAAGAGAAGAACCUCGCCGGAGAGCUUGUCUUGGUGACCGGUGCCGGCCAGAACCUGGGGCGUGAGCUGGCGGUGCAGUUGUCCCGCCUGGGGGCCAAACUUAUCUUACUGGACAUCAACGAGAAGCAAAACUAUGCGACUGCGGAGUUGGUGAGGAACGAGGGAGGCGAAGCCCAGGCGUACUACUGCGACGUGUCUGACCAGGAGGAUGUGGCCGCCGUGGCCGCCAAGAUCCGGCGCGAGGUGGGCCAUCCUCGAUACGUGUUCAACAACGCCGGCACGUACGAUUACAAGCCCUUCCUGAGCCACUCCCCAGCAGAGAUCAUGAGGAUGGUCAGCGUCAACCUCCUGGGCAAUCUGUGGGUGGCGCGGGAGUUCCUGGGCCACAUGGUGAAGCAGAACAGCGGCCACCUGGUGUGCAUCUCCUCCGUGCUGGGCUACAUCGGCAGGCAGAACGUGGUGCCCUACUGUGCAUCGAAGUUUGGUGUCAAGGGAAUGACGGAAGCGCUGGCGGAAGAGAUGAGGAUGGAGCGGCGGUCCGGGGUGCGUGUGACUGCCGUUCAUCCCUUCCUCAUCUCAAACAUUUCCGACGUGAACCCAAACCUGAGGUUCCCGUGGCUCUUUGAAGUCCUGAGCACCAGUGACGCUGCAGCAAGGAUCAUUCGAGGUGUGAGGAGAAACCAAGAGGAAAUUUUUCUUCCGGAGAAACUCAAACCUUUCAUGGUGUUCUCCAAGGUACUGCCCAGAAAACUGCGCCGCCUCUUUGGAGACUACAUGGAGUCGUGAGGCACUCCAGGCACAGCACAGCCAUGAACCAGCUUCUCAUUUGCACCAAUCAGCAUGGAGCCAAAGGUCAAGCAAUCUCUUCUAAUGACUGAUAGGACUUGGAACUAUCAGAACUACACAAGGCAUGGCAUCGAUUCAUUCUUGCCAUUCUGAAUAACGGUUGACUCACGCUUUAAGGGCGCCAUCACUGCCCCUCAUGCAUACCAUACUGCUUCCUCAAACACGAGAGAGAGAGAGAGAGAGAGAGAGAGAGAGAGAGAGAGAGAGAGAGAGAGAGAGAGAGAGAGAGAGAGAGAGAGAGAGAGAGAGAGAGAGAGAGAGAGAGAGAGAGAGAGAGAGAGAGAGAGAGAGAGAGAGAGAGAGAGAGAGAGAGAUUGUAGCCUUAAUAAACAAAGUAUAUGUGUGAAAAACUAAACAUACGCGUGUGACUGAUGUUGUCAUUUAGUUGUCCAGUUGUCAUGUCUGCAUAAUAUGUGUUUGUUCACAUUCAUUGAGAGAGAGAGAGAGAGAGAGAGAGAGAGAGAGAGAGAGAGAGAGAGAGAGAGAGAGAGAGAGAGAGAGAGAGAGAGAGAGAGAGAGAGAGAGAGAGAGAGAGAGAGAGAGAGAGACUGUUUUUACAAUGUUUCCAUAAAGGAAUCAAGAUGUACUUAUCCUAAUGUUUCUAAAUGUGUGAAGAAAUGCGUUGAAAUAAAAUACACAUUUUGAGUGCU